AUGGAGUCCUUCGAGUACAAUGCUAAUCCCGGCAGGGUUGUCUUUGGAUCUGGCAGCAUCAAGAAACUCCCGGCUGAAAUUAGAAGGCUUAAUUUGUCAAGGCCACUACUAUUGUCAACUCCACAGCAGAAAGAUCAAGUGGCCCAACUCGAACCAGUUCUGAGAAAUGCAUCAAUCGCACCCGUGGGCCUCUUCUCAAAUGCUACUAUGCAUACGCCAGUGGACGUGACGGAAACUGCGUUGGCAAUUGCAAAAGAGAGUAGCGCAGAUUGCGUUGUAAGCUUUGGCGGUGGAAGUACAACUGGACUUGGUAAAGCCAUUUCCGUCCGUACUGGGAUCCCUCAUAUCAGCAUACCAACGACUUAUGCUGGCUCCGAGAUGACACCCAUCCUUGGAGAAACCGCUGAAGGCAGAAAGACAACCAGAUCAGAUCCGAAGAUCCUUCCAGCUACGGUGAUCUAUGAUGUUGAUUUCACUAUGACACUGCCUGCAGCUUUGAGUGCUACAAGUGGUGUAAACGCUAUUGCGCAUGCAGUUGAGGCACUUUAUGCCCGUAACACCAAUCCUGUGAUCAAUCUCAUGGCUGUAGAAGGAACAAAGGCCCUGGCCAGAUCACUUCCUAUGAUUGUGGAGAGCCCUCACGAUGUCGCGGCACGAUUGGACGCACAAUAUGGCGCCUGGCUCUGCGGCACAUGCUUGGGUAGCGUUGGAAUGGCUCUUCAUCACAAAUUAUGCCACACCCUAGGCGGUUCCUUCAAUCUACCUCACGCCGAGACUCAUACCAUUGUGCUUCCACAUGCCUUGGCGUAUAACUCGCCUAAUAUCCCAGAAGUGAUGCGGAAACUGGCGGAUGUCCUUCCUGAGUCGAACGGCGAUGCGAUUGCAGGGCUGAAUGUCUUGCUUUCCAAACUCAAGGUCAAGCGAGGAUUGAAAGAUUUCGGCAUGAUGGAAGAAGACAUUGCCAAGGCAGUCGAUAUUGCAGUCAGCAACCCUUAUUGGAAUCCAAGAGCUAUCGAGAAAGAGCCACUGAGAGAGACGAUCAGAAGAUGCUGGGCUGGAGAGGACGCCAGAGCAGACCUAUAG